AGUGAUAUCUUCAGUGUGUCCUAAAGUAUCAGAGAAAAAAAAAGGAUCAGUCUAUCUGAAAGAAUGCCGCAGACAGGGUUCAAUGGGUCAGUUUCGUCGCCUAAGGUGGAUGUCUACGUUGACACGGGCAGUCAGUUUCUUAAUCACACUGUCGAUGGUUUCUUAAAGAUUGGUUCUGUUGCUGUGGCCAGAGCAGCUGCAGAGGAAACUUAUAAUGUUGUUGUGCAAGGAAAUUUUGAUCUGGAGAAAUCGCUUACAAAGAUGUGUAAAGAAGGCGUGUUUUUCGGAACAGUAGCUGGGGUAUAUGUUGGAAUGGAUUAUGGAAUGGAGAAGAUCCGUGGUACCAGAGACUGGAAGAAUGCGUUACUUGCUGGUGCAGCCACGGGUGCUCUGGCGUCUGCAGUUGGCAAUAACAAGAGGGACAAAAUUGUGCAGGAUGCAAUCACAGGAGGGGCAAUUGCAACUGCUGCACAGUUCAUCAACUAUCUGACAUAAGCAGAAAUACAUGCAGUUUUUUUUUUUUCUCAUCGGUUGUUUCACAGUUGUGACGAAAUUUUAAUAAAUUGUUCCUUCCAUUUUCACUUAAUUUUGUCACCAACACUUUCAGAUCAUGGGAAAUUAUAUUCAAUAAGUCACAAAGAUUUGUAUUCGUCACCAACACCUCCUUUUUGCAGUUAUAAAUUCUCGAUAAAUAAAAUCAUCUUAUAUGUUUAAUUGCAGA